ACGAAUCGGAUCGAAAGAAAGUCCAAUUCCUUGUGAAUCCACACAUAAAAGUUGUACCCACGAAAGGGGAGAACUGACCGGAGCAAUCAAAGAAUGACCGGCGGCGGUUCAUCUGGUCGGCUUCCGUCAUGGAAGGAGAGAGAGAACAACAAGAGACGAGAGCGGAGAAGAAGAGCCAUCGCCGCCAAGAUUUACGCCGGACUUCGAUCUCAGGGAAACUACAGGCUCCCCAAACACUGUGACAAUAACGAGGUUUUAAAAGCACUUUGUGCCGAAGCUGGUUGGGUCGUUGAAGAAGACGGUACCACUUAUCCCAAGGGAUGCAAGCCAACUCAAAAUGAAAUGGCUGGCAUGUCAACCAACAUAAGUUCUUGUUCGUCGAUUCAACCGAGCCCAAUGUCCUCAUCUUUUCCGAGCCCUGCCCCAUCGUACCAAGCCAGCCCGACGUCCUCCUCUUUCCCAAGUCCGACCCGUUGCGAAAACCCGCCUAACCAUUCAUCCUACAUUCUCCCUUAUCUCUGCAACUUAUCUUCGUUACCCCCUCUGAGAAUUUCCAAUAGUGCCCCUGUCACCCCACCUCUCUCCUCUCCAACUGCUCGUGGAACAAAGCGAAAACCCGACUGGGAAAUGCUAUCUGCAAGUGCAUUACAGACCUUUCGCCACCCUCUUUUUGCUGCCUCUGCUCCUACCAGUCCUACACGCCGACACCGUGUUCCACCAGCAACGAUUCCGGAAUGUGACGAGUCGGAUGCUUCGACUGUGGAUUCGGGGAGAUGGGUGAGCUUCCAGACCAUGGCUGCACCAACUUCACCGACGUUUAACCUUGUGAAACCGUUGAGCCAACAAGGGUUUUUCCAGAAUGGAUCAGUGGUGCAAAACGGGGGUGGUUUUGAAUUUGAGUUCGAGAGUAGCAGGUUGAAGGCAUGGGAAGGUGAGAGGAUACAUGAAGUUGGAGCAGACGAUUUGGAGCUGACCCUUGGGAGUGGGAAAACCGCUUGAGCCACCGCCACCGCCUCCGCCUGGUCUGUGUGGUGUUAUGAUGGGGGAACUUGUGGAGUAAAAGAAAAUGGAUGUUGAUGGAGAUUGUUUAUAGAUUGAAGAAGUGGUUGGGAGAUGGUAAUCUUGUUUCCAUAUUAGAAAUCCUUGUUUUAGUAUACACAAAAUCAAUUUUUUGUGACA